GUCACGUACUACCUAGUACGCUAGUAUGGCUGCUUCGCCUUUACAGCUUCCCGGUGACGGAAAAGCAACAGAAAGUCGCUCAUUAGCUGUCAACUUGGCGCUAUGAGGGAACUUGUGGCUGUAGAGUUUCUGGACAGAACCUGACAGGGGUGUAAACUGCUACACGCAGUUUAGGAAGAUACUGAAGUGUCAGAAUGACUCGUGUGACUUCUGAGUUGGAGUUUAAAACGCUAGCAGAGUGUAACUACUGCUACCCAGCUGACGUCCUGGCAGAGGUCAGAGAGGUCACAUCAGCGUUUCCUGACCUGCACCUCUACGUGGAUUAUUACUAUUACUCCAACAAUGACAGGAAGAAGCUGGUGUAUUUGCGUGGCACCGUCCCUGUGCUUUACGAAGGUGUGCAGUACAACAUCCCGGUGUGCAUCUGGCUCCACAAUACACACCCCCAGAACCCACCACGCUGCCUCGUCUGCCCGCUACGCAACAUGGUGAUCAACAGCAGGAGCAGCAGCGUGGACACUCAGGGUCACGUCCUCCUGCACUGCCUCAGCAACUGGAAGCACGGUUGGUCCAACCUGUCCAUCGUCCUGGAGGAGAUGGUUGCUGCGUUUCAACGUGAGCCGCCUCUUUUCUCCACUUAUCCAAACAGAUCUCCAGCGAAACAGCAUCCGCUGGUGGAGCAGCUUGAUCAUCGCAGAUCUGAUAUAAACCCCACGAGUGGGAACUCCAUGCACAGGAAGUUCUCCCACCCUGAAAUGUCCUCCUCAUCUAUAGCCCAGUCAGCCAACAGCUCUAUGUGUGUGAAGGCGAGUCCGUCUCAGGACGGUGUAGGAGAGCUGAGCAGUGUGAAGAGGUCAUACACACAGGAGCUGAUGGAUUACGGGAUUUCGUUCAGAGCGACAAACCUCCAGAAAAACCCAACUAACCCCUUCAUCACUGCCCCAAAUAUGAACGCCUCAGACCCAGAUGAUAUCAGCAACCUGUUUAAAAGCCUUCAGCUGGAAAGAAUAGUCAACAUGUACCAGCUCGACUACAAAGACAAGGACAUUCCGCAGGCGUGGAGGCAGAGUCAGGGGCAUGAUGAGGGAUCUUUGACCCAGCCGAAGUUGCUCGAUGACGGACACAGAGUCUUGGUGAGCCACCUACCCGUGGGCGUCUCUCCUCAGAGGAUGAAGAACAAACUGACCAUUUACUUUCAGAGGAAGCAGAGCGGAGGCGGAGAGGUAGCGGCCAUCACGUACCCUUCAGCUCAGCCGGACCAGGCGGUGAUCACCUUCAGAAACUACAGAGAUGCCGCGCAUGUCCUGAAAGAGCCACACAGGAUCAUCACAGUGGACGAGCAUCAAGUUCUCAUCCAGCUACAGAGCUUCAAUAGCUCACAAGUCCGCGUCCCGGAGGGCAUCCAGGGCGAGAAAGCCGAGAUGUUCAGCAUCAUCCUGAGUCAGGAGGGCUGCACUUUCACCCCCGCAGAUGUGCUGGAGGCGGUUCAGGCGUGCCGAGACAUCCCGUCUGCUCUCAAAUACCUCUCUCACGACUGCCCCAUCUGCCAGGAGCAGGCGUCCUUCAGUAAGAUGAUCACCAUGACACACUGCUCGUGUACGUUCUGCGAAAGCUGCUUCAAGGCCUACUUCUCGUCUGUCAUCAAAGAGAAGAGCAUCGACUACGCGGUGUGUCCGAUGUGUAACGAGCCAGACGUGCGCACAGCAGGACGCAGGGAGGAGUCCAUGGAGUACUUCAACCUGCUCGACACGCAGAUCAGGCACUAUCUGGACACACAGACCCAUGAGCUGUUUCAGAGGAAGCUGAGGGACCGGGCUCUGCAGGAGAUGCCUAACUUCCGCUGGUGUGCUCAUUGUUCUUUCGGACUUCUUCACGAAGUGGACAGACUGAGGAUGGACUGCCCCAGCUGCAUGAAGAGCACAUGCUUUAAAUGCAAAAGCCCUUGGGCUUCCCAGCAUGAAGGACUUUCCUGUGAGAAGUUUAAGGAAUGGUUGCAGCUCAACAGCCCCGAGUUCCAAAACUCGCGUCUGGAGCUCCUCCUCAGCAGGAACAAGAUAGAUUGCCCGAAAUGCAAGUUUCGGUUCUUUCUGUCUAAAGGCGGCUGUUUACAUUUUAAGUGCACUCAAUGCCAGCACGAGUUCUGCGGAGGCUGCAGUCGGCCGUUCAGGAUGGGCGCUGCGUGUGAUUUCUCCGCCGAAUGUGCUGCUAAGGGUUUACACGCCCAUCACCCCAGGGACUGUCUGUACCACCUCAGAGACUGGAGUGUGGCCAGACUACACAGUCUACUGCAGCACCAUGGCGUGUCCCAUCCGUUCGUGUCCAGACGGAGGGAUGACAAUGGCCAGAAGGGUCAGAAAGGUGUGUGUGGAGUAAUGGAGCACAAAGAGACAGGCAGUGUAAAAGAAGAACCAUGUGGACGCCCGGCUUUCCAAGAAUAUAACGGCUACUGCACCCUUCAUUAUAAGGAGUGUCUAGUGGAGCUGGUUAACCAGAACCGCCUCGAUCCGGUGGUGCUGCUCGAGGGACCCGAACUGCGUGCCGAACUGGACCGCUGGAAGAUCCCAGCCCCGGAGAAGCAACCCCUGGAGUCAGACAAGAUGUACCACGAGCGCCUCAGACAGAUGUUGAUCGAGAGGGUGGGUUUGUCCACGAGCGUCACUUCGAGGUCAAACCCGGCUGCUCCACCCACACCGUCGCCUUCACCCACCUCCCCAAUGCUCGCCGCCGCUCCCUGGUACUCGGUGCUGAACCCGGGCAGAGCCAAAGCUGAAGACUCGCAACUGCUGCUGCUGCUCAAUGAUUGAGGAGAGACUUCAAAUCAAACUCGCACACUGAGGAAGAUCCUGUAGAUCUCCAUCUUAUCCAGUGUGUAUCCACAGUGCCCUGAGGUAGCACACCUGAUCCACUCGCAGGUACGCUCCUGAAACAGGACUUUUCUAUCAGCUGUUGCUGUUAGUUGGAGCUUCAGCACCUCCAGCCUUUUUGUUUAGAAGACUUCCGUUCCUGUAGAGAUGGCUCUCUAUGCAGCUCUGCACAAUGAAGUCUGUAAGUAUUUACGCAGUGACUCAGUUUUGCUUUUGGCUCUGUAACACAGCACAACAUUUAUGAGCACUUUAUACUCGAGUAGGAAGAGCUGCCUCUGACCCUCUGACCGUUCUCUCAAGCCUCAUGUUCAUCCAUGUUUAUCUCUCACUCUCUAGCCUGAUGUUAAAUGUGACGUUUCUUCUGAACUGCAGAUCCAUUUUAAACCAGUACAAUUUUUUUUUUUUUUUUGCCGAAUGGGAGAUAAUUACUACAACCUGCUAUUGUUUGUAUAUUUGUAUUUAAUUGUUAUUAAUGUUUUGUUUAUUUAUUGUGUUUUUAUGGUUUGAAUUGUAGGUUUUAAUUUUUUUUUGCUUCACAAAUCUCAUUGCAUUCUUUCUCUAAUUGACAACACAAACAGGAAGUAAGAAUACAAGAUGAACCGAUCACUUUCAGACACCACAGGUACGAAAAAGCUCAACUCUGAAGGUUAAAUUACAUUCUGUUGGUUUAUUAUGUUUUUAAAUUAUGUUUUUCUGUAAGGAGAUGUUUUAACUUUUUUUUUUUUUUUUUUUGAAGGAGUCACCAGUCUCAGUUUACACUUUCUGGUUUCUUGUUUACAUGACAAGCUGCAUUUUUUGCCUUAUUAACUUCAAGAGGGAGAAAAAAGAGGCUGGUGAAGGAACGACUGUUUUAGAUGCUAUAACAGACAUUCCACGACAUUAAGUGUAACUAUAAACAGAUAAAAAUUGUAAUCCUUGCUGUGGUGUAAGAGGAAUAAAACACUUUGUAAUGUGCUGUUAUAGGAAAAUAAUCAACUUUAGAAAAGGAAAAAUAUUAACCCUGCUUCACCACACCACCGCAUCGCUGAUUAUCUUUCCUAUAACAGCACAACAGAGUUUUAUGAAAAUAUUUCAUAUGCAUUAAAGUGUGUUACAGAGCCAAAACAAAUGCUAACAGACUGCACUGAAUUUUAUCUGAAGUUAUGCUCUCACUCGUGUGAUUUAUUUUUUUGAUAUAAGUGUGAGACUUGUCUAAACCAUGCUGUGUUCAUUCCUAGCACUCCACACCACACUAAAACACUGACCACGUUACCGUGUCUCCUCCUCCUUCUUUUUCUCCACAGUGCAUUAAUUUAAAAAUAGUUUAGUGUGAAUAACCAUCAUGUCUCACGGUUCUGAUUUAAAGAGCACAGGAAUGCAGUUUUUAUUGAUUGUGAAGUGAGCAUUAAACACAGAUGUGACAUUGUGAAUAACUGGGAUAAUAAAAUAUUUUUCUAUCAUGUCCUUGUUUGAAUUUUCAAUAUAUAGGACUAUCUAAUAUAAAGCAUUUAUAACAUGGUAGAACAAAUAUAAAUAUCACAAAACCAAAGUACAUCAGAUUUACGAUGUAAACAAAUCUACGCAAAAUAAACACCAUUAUAACAUUACAGAGAAAUUCAAACGUCAGAGGUGCCGAUAUUUACGGUUUAGCCAUAGCAUUUGAGAUUUUUGAGUUCUUGCUAUGGCGAUUCUUGAGACACUUGGUAUUUAAAAAAAAAAAAAAAAAAAGGAAAA